GUGCAAUAUUCUUUUUGAGCUACGAGACUGAUCAAUAACUGGUGUUCCUAAAACACUCAGUCCCUCGUCAACCACUUAAUUAUGGAAGCAAAAACAAUAAAACAGGAGCUGGAAAUUGUGAUCGUUGAUGAUAACACUGAUGUUGGUGGUGGUGGCAGCGGCUAUGGCAACCGCAAUAACGGCGGUGGUGGAGGAGGAUGUCUUGCUGAGAAAAACAAGGCGAUGAAAAUUGAAGUAGACAUUAACGGUGGAGUUGGAAGCAGUGGUGCCGGAGGAGGAGGUGGGGGCAACGACAAUGGCGGUCAUUUAUCAAGGUGUUUGCCUCCUCCCUUCUUGAGAAAGACCUUUGACAUUGUGCAGAACCCAGAAACAGACUCCAUCAUAUCAUGGAGUGCCGAUCUUAGGAGCUUCAUUGUUUGGGACUCUAUCAAGUUCGCUAGAGAUAUUAUUCCCAAACAUUUCAGGCACGACAACUUCCAUAGCUUCAUUGUUUCCCUCAACGCCUACGGUUUCAGAAAGAUCCAUCCGGACCGUUGGGAAUUUGCAAAUGAAGAGUUUCAAGGAGGGAAAAGGCAUUUGCUGAACAACAUCAAAAGGAGAAGGAAACCUCCUCAAAGAUCACCUUGUGCCGAUCCGGCGACUUACAAAUUAGAGUUGCAGCUAGAAAAACUGAGGAAUGAUCAGAAGAAAAUGCAAAUAGAACUUCUGAGGCUGAAACGGCGACAAGAGGAUAUACAGAACGAACUGACUGACGUAGAAAAACGCUUGCAAAGUACUACACAUUCAAAACAAAGAUUGGUCACGUUUUUAGCCAAAGUAUUUAACCCAACCAACCUUCAGCAAUUCAUUCUGCAGCUGAGGCAGAAUAGAGAACUGGCAGGUGGUGAAAUCUCAAAGAAACGGAAAUUUAUCGCACUAUCAAGCAACGAAUGCCCAGUGGAGGCUGCGGACACCACAAGCCAAAAUGUCAAUUGCAGUAGCCAGAAAGAGGAGGAACUGGCAACUCUUCAAUCCGAUAUUCAGACCUCAGUUUCUCCACUAAAAGAUGAUCAAUCAGGCAGUCCUAAUCAUGACAAAAAGGAUCAUGAAGUUUUCGGAACAAGUACCUUAGAAUUCAAUUCCGAGGAUUUCAUACCUUGGGAGAAACUGAUGUUGGAAGAUUUGAUUUUCGAGAAUGAAGCAGAAGAAGAGCUGGGACAGCAUCACUCCAAGUUUGUCCUUGAAUUGGAGGAUUUGAUCAAGCAGCAAGCUGAGUUGGGCGGGUAUGUGAAUGAGCUGGUGGAGCAAGCAGGGAAGAGAAGAUGUGUAGAAGAAGGUGCUGAUGGAUCCAACAGAUAGGCAUUUCGUUUCUUUCAGAAAACGGUCCUUCAAUGGUCUUCGCAACAACUUUUAAGCCGUAAUGUUGCCAAUGUUUAUGCUUACAAUAUUUUAUUUUACCCUUUUCUUCUACUUCAGUCAUAGUAGGAUUUGCUCUGUUAUUAUGUUCAAAUACUGUUCCCUCAGAAGUUAUUACAUAGUUUGUUCUUACAACGGUACUUUUUAUAUGUAUAACAGUUUAUAAUUGUAUUCUAGGUCUUUGAGAUGAUUAUUUGGUUAAAAUUCUAUACAUUUCAGAAUAUAUAGUUCUUUUUAUGCUUGGUCAA